CACGAUGGCCCUAAGGAUGUUUAGAACACGUUUGCUGUUCUGCUUUCUGGCUGCAUUCCUCAUCUCUGCCCUAGCUGAAGAACAUGUAGGAGAGAGUCAACAUGCAAAUAUUCGCCUCGAUAAGAAUUUGGUACAAGAUAAAGAGCACAUCAUGGAACACUUGGAAGGUGUUAUUGAGAAACCAGAAUCUGAGAUGUCUCCACAAGAAUUGCAACUCCAUUACUUCAAAAUGCAUGAUUAUGAUGGCAAUAAUUUGUUAGAUGGGUUAGAGCUUGCUACUGCUAUAUCACAUGUUCACAAAGAGGAAGGUGGUGAGCAUACCCAAGCAAUGAAAGAAGAAGAGCUGAUUAGUCUAAUAGAUGAUGUCUUAAGGGAUGAUGAUAAGAACAAUGAUGGAUACAUUGAUUAUGCAGAAUUUGCAAAAUCACUGGAAUAAGGAUUUCAGAAGAGUCAUUCAGGGAUAAUGUCAUAAUCGACAGAGCCACUAGAUAGCGUAUGGACACCACACAUCGGUUCCCUACGGUACGUAACAGUGAUUGAACUUGUAUUUCUCUAAACCGCCACCGGAAUUCUGAUUAUAGGCAAGGCUUGCUCAUCUGUCUUCCAACACCACAUUGUCAGUGUGAUGCCCUCAUUUGUGUUAGUUUAUACCUGUCAUAACAAUAAACUAUAGGUGGGACUGGUUACUGCUACUAAAUUUUCAUU